UUGCCUUUUUUUCUCCCUUAUUGCCACUGGCAAUACGUGAAUUGCAAUCCGAUUUUAUUAUUUAUUAGGCUCGUAGUUCAAACAUGGCGGCUGUGGUUGGUGGAAAUAUGCGGGUGGUGCUAGCUUUGGCUAAAGACAGUUUCCUUUGCAUGUAACAUUAUAUUAAGCCGUUUCAAAACAUCUUCAAAAGCAUCUCAAGAGAAAAAAAAACUAUCACCAUGGCGAUAGAUUGGGAUGAAGAGAGCAAGAUGUUGCACCUGAUGAAUUGCUCUGAGGGGUCAAAGGUCGUCUGGAACUCCCUUGCCAUGUGCUUGGAGUCGGGUCUACAGUAUGUCGCAUUUCUAUUUGGGGUAGCUUCCCUAUGCUUGUGGCUGAUAUCCAAUGCAUUUUUGUUACGAGCCAGACACAGCGAAGUUAACGGAACCAAACAACAAUUCCUGACACUACUUCACAUCUGCUCUGCAAAUGUCUGCAGUCUGAUUGGCGCUAUACUCUGUAGUCAGCUUGGUACACAGGUGUUAAUAGCAGGAUUUUUGGUUGGUACUGAUGGCAUCUUUUUUCUCCACUUCCUCUACAUCCGAUGUUCUUUUUCUUCAUAUGAACCUGAAAGAAUCCCUUACACAAUAUACAACCCUACAGGAGAAUGGAAUAGUCCGGACAGACCAAAAGGCAAGCAGAAUGGUAACCGUACCCGCAUCAUGUGUAUAUUAAUGGCAUGGCUACCAGCGAUGGUGUAUCUCCCACUUGCAUCAUCUCCAUGGCAACAAGGAAGAGUUCAAACAUUUGGCACAGGGAGAAAUCUGUUGAUGGUGUCAGAGUCAGCCGUGGACAACUUUGGUUACACACUUGGUAUCUUUGCAGUGAUUGGUUACUCACUUGCUAAAGUUCCACUUAUAAAAGAUGGGCUUCGACAGUGUGAAUAUCUACUUCUUCAUUUUCACGUCAACACUUUUGCUGUUUUGGCCAACAUUUGCUACGUACUUUCCAUCGUAAUGUUCAGCCAGAAUCUUGCCUUCUUGAUAAACGCAUUACCGUGGUUACUCAUUUGUGGCUUUGGCAUGGUGUUUGAUCUUAUUAUACUUUACCUCAUAGCUCGUCACCAUCGGCAGAUCAACCGGCAGAAAGUAGCGGCUCGCUGGGAGCAAGACCGAGAUCGUAGAGUAGCUGACUAUGAAGACGGUCAUGAAGAUGGUUUAGAAGAUGAGGAGGAUGUUUGGGCUUCUAGGCAGGAGCCACGCCUUGCUGCCAUCAACGAGGACGAAGAAGAUGAACACCAGAGUGAAGAUGAGAGACUCCGGAGCACACAUAUCGACAUGAAUGAUCCACACUCUGACAGGCAAGAACAUCUUGCAAGACAGUACUCUGGAGUGGAUGAAGGUCAAAGGUCACCUCUUCAGGCUAUACCCCCUCCGCCUGAUCACCCAAGAGGUGGGCGGAGACAGAAAGCACAACCCAAACCCGAUGUGGAGAAUUUUGGUGACGAGUUAGAGUGGGAUUUAUCUGACAUGGCAAAGACGUACAAAGAUGAAGAAGAAGAAGAAGAUGAUGAGGAUCCGGAGGAGGAAUAUGAGGAUGUAGAAUGGGAUGAAGAACUCAUCCUUAGAGAGGUCGAAGCCGAGCUUAGACGUAGAGAAGGAAUGGACACGGAGGGUGAUGAGGUCGGAAGUCAAGGCUCGGACAUUUCACUAGAGUCGCUGGAGUUUGAAGAAAUUGAAAUUGAAGAUGCAAUGGCGACCAAUAGAACAGAUGACUGGUAUGAAGGACAAAAUCUUCCAAGAUAAUUUUCAAAUGUCCAGGGCCCCAUUUCAUGAAGCUGUUAAGCAGGAAAACAAUGCUUGAUAAAUUGCAUUGCUAAGCAAAAAAUAAGUGGGGCACCAGUCACAGCCAUGUAAACAAUGUAAUUUUGGUUGGUUACCUGUUUGCAAGUUUUGUUUUGGCUUUUUGAAAUUGAGCCCAGAUGAUUUGAAAGCUUUCUUUAUUAAGGUGUGUAAUGUUUCAAGAUUUUUCUUGAUUGGGGCGACAAUGUAAACAUCUGACGAGCAAUACUUUUUUGCUUAACAGGUUUUGUGCUUACUGGCUUUACUGUGUAUCUACGUGCCAGGUAGAGUUUGGUCUAUAGAGGGCUGUCUUUCUUUGUGGUUAUCUUUACACUGAUGUGUGAGUCCUGUGAAUAAGAAUUAAUCUACACUGUGCUCUGAUGGGAUUUGAACCAAGUAUAUAUAUAUUUUUUUUCAUUUGAGUUUCUUAAAAACUUGGCAUCAUCUGAGUUUGUGAACAUUAAUACUCUAUUUUCAUUAUUCAAACGAUUUAUUUCACAAAAUGUUGUAAAAAAAAACAUGGGAAUUGUAAGGUGAAAGAGGUAAUGUUAACAUUGGACACAAACAUUGUAAGUUUAGCAAUUUUUAUAAUUUUCAGAUUAUUAUACUUUGUAAUGUUUGCAGAAACUUCAAGGGUACCUAAUUAGAGUGCCAAAAGGUUAAUUAGCAAUAGCUUUGAAAAGAAUAUAAAAUAUUAUAUAACACCCAAGCAGAUCCUUGCCAUUUGAUUGGAGGAUUGUCCGUCACGUGAUAGCAAA